AUGUCAAAUCGCAUACAGAUCGACUCAGUCAUUGAUGACGAUGAUGAGUUCUGCCCCCUCUGUAUCGAAGAGUUCGAUCUUUCGGAUAAGAACUUCAAACCUUGUCCCUGUGGCUACCAGAUAUGUCAGUUCUGUUACAACAAUAUCAAGACCCACAGUGAAGAGGGUCGAUGUCCGAAUUGUAGACGGGUGUACGAUGAAAGUACCAUACAGUAUAAGGUCCCUGAUGUGGAUGAAUUCAAAGCGGAUUUGGCACUGAAGCACCGCAAAGCUGCUGCUGCGAAGAAGAAAGAGGCCGAAAAACGCGAGAUCGAGGCAUCCAGCCGGAAAAAUCUUGCUGGUGUCCGAGUGGUCCAAAAGAACCUGGUCUACGUGAUUGGCCUGAACCCCACCAUACGUGACGAGAACCAGUUACUGCAGACGCUUCGAGGUCCCGAAUACUUCGGCCAGUACGGAGAUAUCGAAAAGAUCGUGGUCAGCAAGGCUAAACCAGGCGGGAAUCCGAACCAGGGUAUCGGCGUUUAUGUUACCUUCCUUAGAAAGGCGGACGCGGCGACCUGUAUCGCAGCUGUAGAUGGGUCUGUCAAUGGCGAUCGGGUUCUGAGGGCGCAAUACGGUACGACGAAAUAUUGCUCCUCAUUCCUUCGUAACGAGCAAUGUAACAACCGGAAUUGUACUUUCCUGCACGAGACUGGGGAAGAUACCGACAGCUUCAGCCGACAGGACCUCUCGUCCAUGAACAUGCGACAAGGGUAUACCAACGGUGCGGCCGGUCCAAGUCAACAACAUCAUCCGGCUCAGAUGCGACCAUCCGCGCAACCUCUCCAGUCAUCCCAACCGAUGCGUCGCCAAGGAAGUAAGGAUGAUGGUAUAUCGCGGUCGGGCACCAACGACGGGUCGGCUCUCCCCUCAUCUGCUAGCUGGGCGAACAAGGAUGCGCCUGUGAACCGUGCGAGGCGCGCCAGUUUAACUGGGAGCCGAUCCUCUCCAAGCCCCAAACCCACGAGUGCUGUUAUCGCGACCAAGGCAGAUGAAUCAAAGAAACAGGCCGGGUCUUCGCAAGAUGCUGCUUCGCGUCGCGGCACGCCUGCUCCUGCGAAUGCCCAACCCGUGUCGCAAAGCCAACCUCGCGCAGCACAACCGCCACCACGGCCCGAGAAUCCUCUCUUGGACGAGUUAGUGAAGGCCAUCAAUUCGUCCGACUUCAAGUUCGUCUUUUCUGCUGCUGGGUUACCGGCAGAGGAAGCUGCUUUCAUCGAGAAUCAUCCUUCCUUCAUUGAUCCGUACGGCGGAGUGAAGCGCAGGGCCAUGCGGGAAAAGGCGGAGCAGGAACGCGCAAAGCAAGAGGUUGAGACGCAGCAGUUUCUGCAUUCCGCCGCUCAAUCUGCCGCUGCUGAAGAGGAGACUAGGGAAAGUGGUAGCUUGCAGUUAGGUGGUGAGCCCGAUGAUGUCCAUCCUCCCGCCCGCGGGGAUCGUGGCCGUGAAUCUCAUGGCGCCAUCCAACCUCCUUCCCAGCAAGGAACUGCGACAAACUCGGUUAUUGGUUCUCCUGUGUCUGCCGCUAGUCAUCAAUUCCAGAGUCUGAACGUCGGAGGCCGGAGUUUGACUCCUCUGCAGCAGCAGCAAUUAAUGUUGCUGAAGUCCGCUAACGGCCAGCAGGCUGGUCUGAUGGAUCCGCUGCAGACGGGCUUCGGUUCAACCGGCUUUGAUCAUGCGUCUCAGGCUCGUCAGGGCCUUUUCCAGAAUCAGAUGCCUCAGUUGAGUGGCAUGCAAGGUCAUAACCGACAAUCCUCUCGAUUCUCCUUCGCAAAUGAUAGCAAUGCCAAGAACAACCCUAGCGCCAGGCUCAUGAGCCAGCAAGCGUCUCUGAUGCAGUCAGGAACACCAAAUCCUCUGGCGGCUCCUACGCCCCAGCAUAGCCUCGCGAGCCACUUCUAUACCAGUGGUGUCCAGGGCCCUCCCCCAGGUUUGAAGACAGCCGGCACUCCUCCAAUUAGCGGAGGCGGAAUGUUUGCACAGGGCCAUGGCUUCACCGCCAACGCGAACCUUGGCUUGGGAGCAAACCUUGGUAAGCAAGAUGCCAAUCCGGAGCUGAUGCGGGAACUUCUCCGUGGUCGCGGUGGCGCAGGUGGUUUGCAAGCGCACGAAGUUGCUAAGCGUGAGUUCAUGUUUCCUUUCCUCCAGCAACACCAGACACCCCCUCCCCUGACUCCCGCUACUACUGGCCUUCUCAGCUCUUUCUAUGGUUCCCAGGCGGGGACAUACCCCGAACAGGGGCCACAGAAGCAGAAGAAGAAGGGGAAGAAGCACAGACACGCUAACACUUCCUCCGGUGGAGGUGGUGUAGUCGAUCUUGCGGACCCGAGUAUCUUGCAGGCGAGAAUGCAUCAAGUUGGUGCCAACACUGCUGCUGGGCAAGCCCUGUACGGGAGUCAGGGUCAAGUCGAUGACGAAUUCCCACCGCUGGAUGUAUCCGCCAAGGACAGACCGUCCGUCGACAGUUUUGGCUUCCCAUUCCGGCCGCAUCUUGCUGACGAUUCUCGCGCAUCGUCGAUUCGUUCGGGGACCCCGACGCUCCCUCCCGGCCUGCCUCUGCCGCAUGCACAUCCCGCCGCUGCUUUCCUUCAGGAGUUGGACCCGUCGAGUCCCGUACGUUCGCCGUCAAUUCCCCCCGGAUUUGCUCCUGUUGCCCCCUGGCUGGGCACACCUGCGCAGAAACUGCAGGAGAACAACUCUAGACAUGCUACGCCUGAACCUAGGGCGGCCCCUGACAUUGCUCAGGUGACUGACAGGGUCAAGAAUGCAUCGGAAAUCUCCCUUGGCUCCCCUAAACCGAAGCCCGCCAAAGCUCGCGGUCAAUCUAAGGCAGAGAGCCUCAGCGUCUCUGACAAGAAGGAAGAUACCGCGGCUACCACGGGUACUCCCCAGCGCAGUGAGCGCGAGUCGAGUGCGAAGCCAAAGCCGAUCAAGCUUAAUUUAUCGACUUUCACGGCUUCCCACCCCCAAGAUAAUUCCCCUGGCAAGUCGGAUACACCAAGCCAGGUCAUCGCUGGUGCUACUGCGUCAGUGGCUGGCUCCCGCCCUAACACUCCUCUUACUGGCAUUUCUCGCGCUUCGGACUCCUCCGGCCCACGUCAAACUCGGGUACUUCGGGUCGUAGAUACUCCAAAGGCAGAGACACCCCCUCCUGUUUCAGCUACACAAUCAAUCUCUUCUGCCCAAGCCGUGAAGGGCCGCUCCAGAAGACUGAGUAUUUCUUCGGUCAGCAGGCCCGAGACUCCUGGUGAAGUCGGUUCCGACUACGAUCCGUACACAUCGGCAUCUGUGUCUCGGGCAAACUCCCCUCCGCCCUCCAAGAUCGGUUCGGCGCCAGUGCGUGCGAUCACGAAGAGUCAGGCGAAAAAGGAAAGAAGAUUGAAGGCGAAACAGGCGGAGGCCAAAGAGGCUAUCUCAACCACUGUUGUGGAGGAGCCAGUACAGGCUCCGAUCAUCGGCAGGAAAAGGAAGACCAAGAAGACGCCUUCGAGCAAUGAGCCCUCUAGCACGACAGAAACAGCAACUAGAGCUGCCUCGGAGGCCAGCAGGUCUCCUGAGAAAGCUAUUGAAGACCGAGGAGAGCAGAAGUCCGCCGACGCUGGUAAAAAGUCAAAAUCCAAGGACAAGUCUACGAAGGAUGUCCAACCUGCUACUUCUCCUGAGAAGGAAGCCAGCGAGAGUGGCGAGAGAGAAGCUACGGAGACAUGGCGUGAAAACAAUACGAUCGAGCAGAUGAUAAAGGACUCUGAAGCUAAGGGUAUCCCGAUAAAGGAGCUCUUCCUGGAGAGGACGUCUCCACUCCCAGUUCUCCUUGCUCAACUGCAUCAGUCUGGGCUGCUCGAUCUCAACAACCAUCCCCUGUUUAAUCCUCCCAAUCUCAGCCAGCGUUCGGAUAUGAAGUGUUCGUCGGAAGAUUACGAGUCUCUGAAGCAGCCUAUUGAGUUAACGGAAGAGGACAGAAAGAAGCUUCUCCGUGGAGAACCCGUUCGCAUCAACGGCGACUCGGCGCUCCUAAAAAGCAGAUGCCUCAUCACUCCGAGCGGAUGCAUCCUUCGUCACCUAUCUCCGGACGAAGAGGAUCGUUACCUUGCGCUGGAGAAGAGCUUGUCGCUGUCUGCUGAUUCAAUGCAGGAGUAUCCCGCACUUUCAAUUACUGACCCGGACAUCACAAACCGCGGUGGUGGUCUCGACGCUCUCUUCGCCACCCCCGAGAGGUAUAACAUCGUCUGGGUUGAUGAGACCCCAGGGGCUGGCAUUUCGGGAGCGAGUGACGCCGGUGUUGGCGCAGGUGCUGCGGAUUCUACGCCUCCUACAGUCGCUUCUGCGCCUCCUAAUGUCCUCUCCGCCAUGGAGGCUGACACCACUCGAAGCCACAACUGGGCUAUCGCGAACACGGCCGAACUUGUCAACGCAACGGCUGCUUCGGUCCGCUCCUUCGCUGCCGCGACUGCGAAACAUAUGCUUGGCGUGACUGGCAUCGCCAUGGGUGAUAUUCCGGAUCUCGAGGACGUCAUGGGCAUGUCCGACGAUGAGCUGCGUACGUUCAUCGAGCGCUCCCAGCGCGAAUUAGAGUCUUCUCGGAAGGAUGUUGAUUCCAUUGACAAGAAGCUGAUGGCGCUGAUCAAGCGCAACAAGAAGCUUGCACAGCAGGCAAUUGCGGCGACUGUUGAGGCGUCGUAA